CACCAAGAACAGGAGAUAAAAAUGAGGGAAAAUGAAAAAAUGGAAUGUACUCUUUUUUUUCUUUUUAAUCCCGAAACAAUAUCGUCCAAAGGACAGUGCUGCGCUAUAUAUCAACUUCUCCGCAAAAUCUUGAAACCAAAAUUUCUCCAUCUGCAGAUCAAUCGAAAAUUUUCUUAGUUUCUUUCUAUCUUUGCCGUAAGCAGAAGAAAUGGGACUUCUUAGUAUCAUUCGGAAAAUCAAGAGAAAAGAAAAGGAAAUGCGAAUCCUUAUGGUUGGACUUGAUAAUUCAGGGAAGACCACAAUUGUUUUGAAGAUUAACGGAGAGGAUACAAGCGUAAUUAGUCCCACUCUUGGCUUCAACAUCAAAACCAUCACAUACCAGAAAUAUACUUUGAAUAUAUGGGAUGUAGGUGGUCAAAGAACUAUAAGAUCGUAUUGGAGGAACUAUUUUGAGCAAACUGAUGGUUUGGUUUGGGUUGUUGAUAGCUCAGAUCUUAGAAGAUUAGAUGAUUGCAAAAUGGAACUGGAUAAUCUUCUAAAGGAAGAGAGGUUAUCAGGAGCAUCCUUGUUGAUACUAGCUAACAAACAGGACAUAAAAGGUGCUCUUACACCAGCUGAAAUUGCUAAAGUGCUGAACCUGGAAUCUAUGGAUAAAACUCGGCAUUGGAAAAUUGUAGGGUGUAGUGCAUACACUGGUGAAGGGCUUCUUGAGGGAUUCGAUUGGUUGGUGCAAGAUGUUGCCUCGCGGAUUUACAUGCUUGACUAGCCUGAAUCUGAUUGGUAUAAAAUGUUAUAAUUCUUCAUUUGAGAGCACAGUAAUAGAUUAGAAAUCUAAGUACUUUGUUUGGUUGACUUUUGAAGCAGAAAGAUAAACAUUUGAAUGUGUUUGGAGAAUUUCAAAUAUCAAAAUUGAAGGUCUGAAGUACUUAUAUUUAUCAAAUAUCUUUGAACACAAUGUUCUAAUGCCAAUCUGAUAAUGAUUUCUUUA